AUGGGUCCUCAGAUCCUAAAAAGGUUCUACAGGUGCACCAUCGAUAGCAUCCUGACUGGUUGCAUCACUGCCUGGUAUGGCAACUGCUCGGCCUCCGACCGCAAGACACUACAGAGGAAGGUGACAGAGAUGACAGAUAUUGAAAAACUAGCCCUGAUCUGGAGCCUGUGGACGGCAGUGAUCUUCGCAGCUGGAGUUGAUGAGCACCAUUGCCCCAAAGGAGCCCAGGUCCACCUUGCCAGUCUGCAAUGCUAUUGGCUGUCAGAGUCAGCGACAUCAUGGCUGGAGGCGAAGGGUAUCUGUCGUCAGGUGAAGGGCGGGGAUCUAGCCACAGUCCGAAGCACUGAAACUCAGACAUUCAUCCACAACUCCUUCAAAUCAAAAUCCACUGAGUGGGUCUGGCUGAGGGAUGGCAGGGGAGAAGGGCCGGAUAGAAGCGAGGGUUUGGGAACAGGAAGCCACACUGGGCGGGACAGGGACAGGGGCAGGGAGAGCCUGGGGGGCUGUACCCAGAUGGACCUGGGUUCACCAGGACAGAGGAGGAACACAGUGUGUGAUGGACAGUACCUCUUCCUCUGUGAUAAGGUGGUUACAGUUUCCCUGCCUUCGUUAGACAGCUACCUCACAGGUGUUCCUCUCAUGUCGGGUGUGUACGCCAGGUCACAGCUACAAGUCCUCCCUACAGUCCCAGACCCUGACCAAAAGAGAGUGGAGAUGCUGCUGUUUCCUGGGCUGUGGUUCAGCCAUGCUGGCCAGGUGGUAUCAGUGGAGCUGGUCAGCCAGCCCAGAGAAGUGUUUACCUGGGUCAGAGUUCAGAUCCUCCGGCCCUACUGCAGCCCCCACCAUCACCUUGUGCCCCCAGGUUGUAGUUCUCUCCUGAACCCGUUCAGUUGUUGCUCUAUCACCCCUCUGUGUAACACUACGGGAGGCUGUGCCCUGGGACAGUACUGGUGCCACCUGUUGGAGGCCUGUGUCCCUGUCACCAGCCCCUGCAGUCCCUACAACCAGUCCCCCUCUACAGGGGAGCGCAGCUACCCCCUGCCCCCCAGAUACCCUGACAUACCCCCCUUCUACCACCUGGUGGCAGACCUGCCCAUGAGAGUGGCUCCUUGCUCAGAGCCUGCUCAUAUUAGUGUAUGUGUGAGACAGAGGGAGAUCAGUGUUUACCCCGAUGACAUUCUGUCCAUCCAACACACCGGGAGACCUGGAACCUUCCUGAGUUGCCGCGACAACGCCUCCUCAUCCUCCUCCCCCUGGCGACAAAGCUACCUCUCCCUGCAAGGGGCGGAGUGGGGGGGCUGGUGGGAGGGGGGGCUCUCAUCCCCACCGGAUGGAGGGCAGUGGGUGGACGGGGUGGUGUGCGACCUACGGGUGCUGUACGUCGACACACUGCAUGGGCAUGGCUAUAUUUCAAGUUCGGGCCAGAGUGAACUUAGUGGCUUCACUCACAUUGGGAACACCAGUACGCCCAUAAGUAUGACCCCUGAAACCUCAGCUCCUGCCCCAGCAAAAAGUCACAUUUCUGGCCUUUGUAUGAUCCAUCCUCUGCCUGAUGGAGACAACCAGAUCUAUGUAUUGGUUGACACUCCUAUACUCAUUGUGGUUAAAAUAUUCUCUGAAAAAGGGGCCACCAGCUCCUGGUUGGCUCCGGUGCUCCAGACAGGGGUCCCCUUCCUCCCGUCCUGCCCAGGAGAGUUACCUGACUCCUGGCCUGGUUGUGAGAGAGACUCCCCUGACAGCUGGUUCUCCCACAUGUCCCUGGUGCUACCCUCAGUGGGCGUCCACACUCUAAACGUCAGUGCUGUGAAUGGAGUGAGUGAACAGAGUACCUGUGUACAGGUGUGUGUCUAUGAGCCGGUGGCUGGGCUCAGUGUAGAGCCACAUGGACAUCUGAGGAUGCUGGUGGACUUGUCACAGGCAUUUACAGCCACAGCGGAGACUGGUUCCUCAGUAAAGUACACCUGGGUGAUUGACAAGCUGGAUACGUUUUCCUAUGAGGGAAACACCUAUAGUGUGAUGUUCAAGAAGCCAGCUGAGUACAAACUGAAGGUGACUGCAGCCAACCCUGUGAGCUCCCAGACCCUAGAGGUCACUCUGACUGCUGACACCAUGACACCUCUGGCCGACCCAGAAUUCCUCUCUGUCAAGGAGGUUAUCGCUGUGGCCGCACUGCGUCUCUACACUUUCAGGGUCAAAGUUGAUGUCUCCCUAGGCGUCACUUUCAGGUGGUCUUUUGGGGAUGGCAGUGCCCAGGAAAACCACACCUUUCCUGCACUGUCUGAGUCCCAGGACAGGCCAGUGGAGCGAGGAGUGACACAGGUGUAUGUGCAAGACUCUGUGAGCCAUGUCUACCUACAGCCAGAUGACUACACACUGACUGUACAGGUCUACAACCAAUACGACAACAUCAAGGGGGCCAUAUCACUAAAGGUACGGCCUCCAUUGACUCGUAUACUCAUCUCCCCAUCUCCUCUGGUUCCCCUGGUCAACCAGACCUUUCUUCUUGAAGCCUCUUCAUACCCAUCUCACUACGGAAUCCUAUACACUUGGAACUUUGGGGACGGUUCAAAGGAAAUCCAAGGAUUCCACGGCAACGUUAGCCAUGUUGCUCGGACCACUGGGGUUUAUAACAUGACUGUGUGCGCUAACAACACCUUGACUGCACUGACAGCCUGGGUGGCCGUGGCAGUGGUGGAGAAGGUAUCUGGACUCCAGUUGAGCUGUAGUGGACCCAGUGAACUGAAGUCUGUAACUGAAAUCAAGGGCAAAGUGGCUUCAGGUUCCAGUCUUCACUGGGACUGGAACUUUGGUGAUGGGUCUGGACAUAAAAACAUCACAGACAACUCUGUAUCCCAUGUCUACGAGUCCCCAGGGAGUUACACAGUCAAAGUGACUGUGUCUAACGCAGUCAGCCAGGCUAGCCAGUCCAUCCGUCUGGAAGUCUACAGGUUGACCAUCAGUGGAAUUCUGCCAUCGGAGUGUUCCGAGACAGAGAAAGAGAUACCGCUCCAAGCACUGGUGAACGGGAAUGUUUCCAUGCUGACUUUCCAUUGGAAUUUCGGGGAUGGAUCACCUUUGUCAGUACAGAAGGGAAAGUCUGUUGUUACUCACACUUAUUCAAACUCUGGGGUUUAUAACGUUAACGUAACUGUUCUCAGUAUAGAAGGAUAUGUCUUUUAUGAUGCCAACGUUUGCAUUGAGGCCCCCAUUACCGGGAUAACCAUCCACCCAUCACAGGAUGCUGUGGCAGUAGGAAAAGAGGUGUGUUUUAAUGCAGUUGCUGCCCCCAAAAGACAGCCCACUGGAUAUCAGUUUCUGUGGCUCAAUCAUUCUUCCAACAGCUCUCAUAUAAGAGGACUGGCUCAUCAUUGCUUUGUGUAUAAGGAGGAAGGGAUCCAUGAUGUUUCAGUGAUGGCAAGUAACAAAGUCAGCCAGAGCAUAGCCAAAGCCACUGUUGCUGUGCAGAAGCCUGUGAGUAAACCAUCCAUAGCACAUAGCAGUCAAAGCAACACACUGACUGUCAAUGAGAAGAUGACACUUUGGGUCAAGAGUUGCCCUGGGACCAAUGUUUCUGUGCAGUGGGACUUUGGUGACGGCUCACCACUGGCAAAGAGUCUAAAUGUUUCCCAUGUCUUUACUUCCGCUGGCAGGUUUACAGUCAAGGCCACAGCUUCUAAUGCAGUUAGCCUGGAUUCUGUUAACCUGGAAGUGAACGUACUGCUUCCUGUGUCAGACCUGAAGCUGAAAAUCAGCCAGCCAUUUGCAGUAGUAGGAGAAAAGACAGUCAUAACAGCAGUUGGCAAUGUUUCAGGUAAUGUCAAUUUCUACUGGUCAGUGGAUGGCCCUGAUACCACCACUGAGCUUGGGAUGUCUCACUUUCAGUAUGUGUUUCUUAAAGCAGGUGUGUAUCAGGUCAAAGUCACAGCCCAGAACCUGGUGAGCCAACAGGAGGCAGCCAUUUUGAUUAUAGUUUUAGAGAGAAUACAAGGGCUUCAAUUCUCAAGUCUGAGCCUGAUAUCCAUGAGCUACAUACCAACCAGAGAGAGUGUCUUGCUCACUGCGUCAGUAACACAUGGCUCCAAUGUCACUUACCAUUGGCUAGCCAACCAGAGAGGUGUGACCCAAACUGGCAGUGUUGGUGAGCACUUUGUGUGGUUCACUGAAACUCCAGGUAAUAUAUCUGUUGAGUUGACAGCUUCCAACGGACUUGGUAAGACAACCAGCCGUAUUUCUCUAAAGGCAGUAGAGCGAGUUUCAGGGGCUAGAAUGUCAACAGCUAGAGACGCCAUACCAUUAGAGAAGUAUACCAACAUCUCUGUAACUGUGAAGACUGGAUCUGACCUCCAGUAUCUCUGGAAUGUGAACUCAGCCCUUUCACCCUUACAGACUGAUGUUCCUUUUCUUCUUUACAUGUUUGAGACUCUGGGUUCUUGUUCUGUCAGUGUGUCGGUCCAGAAUGUUCUCAGUUCAAGCAACGCCACCAAACAUUUCACAGUUCAGGAGGAGGUUAGAGAGGCAGACUUUCAGGUAGGUGGCAAGACACAUCCAUUCUUUAUAACAUCCAAUACUCAAGUUGCACUCUAUGGAUAUGUCAAUAAAGGGAAUGAUCGGCACUGGGAGUGGAAAGUUGUUGGGUGUACUGGAGGUGCUGUGGUUUUGGACAACAAUCAGUCAGUUAUCUAUACCUUUACAGAUGUAGGGGUCUAUAAUGUCUCUCUGAACGUCUCUAAUGGUAUUAGCUGGCAGGCAGUCUCACACAGAGUCACCAUCCAGGAUGCUAUUCAGGGCUUGACUCUAAACCUUAGCAGGUCUACGGUCUGCGCUGAAGAUCAUAUUGCUUUUACACCAUUAGUUUCCGAAGGAACCAAUGUCAGCUUCUCUUUAGUCUUUGAUGAAGUUGAGCCAUCAUAUGACCUUGUUGAGGUAAGCUUCACCACCUCCACCCUCCCAGUUGGGUCUCACUCUGUCACAGCCCGAGCCUGGAACAAGGUGAGCAACUCCCAGGUGUCAUUGACCGUCCAGGUGGUUGAGAGGAUCGGGGGCCUACGACUGGUCAACUGCUGUUCCACUGCUCUAGAAGCUCUAAAGGAGGUCCCUUUCCAAGCAAUUGUCAUGAGUGGUUCUCCAACCGAUUACACCUGGACGAUCCAAUUAGAAGGGUUCCAGCCCUUACAGGUCAUUGGACAGGAAGUGAUGUAUACCUCACCCGGAAGUGGUUCGUUGUCUGUGGGUGUGAUGGCCAGAAAUGGCUUCUGCUCUGAAACCCUGAAUGAGACAGCUAUUGUUCAGUUGCCUGUGACGGAGGUCACGAUUGUUUGUGAUUCUACAGAAAACUUUAGAGGCUAUAGUGUCAGAUUCUCAGUCACAGUAGAUAGUGGCAGCAAUUUGAGGUUUCAAUGGGGCUUUGGAGACUCAAGUGAAGGAGUUGUCGUCAUAAAAUCCAAUACAGUGGACCACACAUAUCUCACUGCUGGAAAAUAUAUUGUUCAAGUCACAGCCUUCAAUAACGUCAGCCAGGUCUCCACACAACUGCUCACUGAGGUGAGAGAACUCCAGUGCUCACUCCCUCAGGUCACUUUAGUCCAGGGCCAAUCCACAAUCGUCAAGUCUAGAUCCAGCUACUUUGAAGCAAGCGUAGACAUCAAAGGCUGCACCGCAUACAAGACCAUGUACCUAUGGGAAGUGUUUAGGGGGAGUGGCUGUGGAGCUGGCAAGACUGACGACACUCUGGUAACCCAAAGCAGUGGGCACCCAGUAACCCUGAUUAACCUGGUGGGUGUGACUACACCACUGUUGUCCCUCCCUAAGCAGGCCCUGGAGGUGGGCCAGUACUGCCUGGGGUUCACUGUCUCUCUCCAGGGAACCCCUCUACGUCUGUACAGGACGUCCAGGCUCUCUGUGGUUCACAGUUCCCUGGUACCCAUCAUCAGGGGGGGAUCGCAUAGACUGGUGUCAAGCCACGGUGACCUGAUCCUGGAUGGGUCAGAGUCCCAUGAUCCUGACAGAGAGGAAGGGGAGCUGAACUACCACUGGGAAUUCAUCACUGAGAACUCUACUGGGUGGUCGUCCCAUGACCAGGAUCAGCUUGUAGGGUAUGACAGCAGCAGGUUGACUGUGCCCAGCAGGAAGCUACAGCCAGACAAGCUCUACCUCUUCACCCUCACUGUCCAAAAGGAAGGGAGGAGACCUAUCUCUACUACACAGUCAGUGGCGGUAUCUAAAGCUGCAGUGCUUCCUGUAAGUGUGGAGUGUGUUUCCUGCAGUAGUCUCUCUUCUUUCCGUGUCAGCCAGAGUCGCCCCAUUGUGCUCUCUGGUCGUUGUGACAAGUGUGGCAGCCAUGUUCAAUACAAAUGGAGCGAAAAGGAUCAGAACGGCGUGACCCUUGACCUGAACGAGGUGACCACUACGGGCAGUCUCUCUCCUGAUCUGGUGGUCCGACCGGGGGUGCUGCAGGAGGGGUGUAACUAUACCUUCACCCUAAAUGUUACCCACCCUGCUGGGGGAAGAUGGGGGUUUGCUAGCCUGACCCUCCUGCCCAACCCUCCACCCCAUGGAGGUGUGUGUACUCUUACUCCAGGCCCUGGGGAGAACAUACGCCUGCUGGAGACUGUGGUAACAUACAACUGCUCAGGUUGGCUGGAUGAGGAUAGUGAGUCUCCCCAGAUGAUCUAUAUUCUCCAGGUGGCAUCGUCAUGCCCAGGCUGGGGCCAAGCCUGUCCCCUUCUCACCCUCUACAGGGGUACGCAGCGUACAUUUGGCAGCCUGGUUCCUCUGGGGGAGGCGGGGCCAGAGAAGGACCGGUCAAUCAUCUCUGUGAUCCUGCAGGUAGAGGACCACCUGGGUUCAAAGGUCACAGCACUUAACAGAACUAUAACAGUGCUGAGACCUGUGGAUGGAGAUGGGAUCACAGAGUGGCUGAGGAACAAGAGCCAAACCGAACUAUUGGGUUUACUUCAACAGGGUAACCCACAGCAGCUCAUUCCAUAUUCCAUCGCCCUCACCAGCCAGCUCAAUCAGGUGGAUCUGACUUUGAGUGAGCAGGAUCUCAGGGACAGGAGGGAGAUCAGGGGGAAUGUGACACAGGCGCUGGCCUCUCUGUCUGUGUACUCUCUACAGGAUGCAGCCCAGAUCAGCUUAGCCCUGGCCCAGUCCACUGCAGUCCCAAGUGAGGUGGUGUGUGAGGGCUGUCAGGAGAAUGUUCUAGAUUCUGUGGGGAGAAUGAUCAGGGUUAUGGAAGAGCAGACGGGACUAGGAGAUGACGCAGCCAUCGACACUGGCAGAAAUAUCCUCCAUGUGAUAGGCAAUUCGUUGGCUGCUGUGUCCGAGUCCAAGCUAGUCUCCUCUGGUCCUCACACUCACUCUAAUGGAUCUGAAACUGCAGUGUCAGCCCUGGACCAUGCCAGGGCUCUCAUGCGUAUUCUGAUGCGCUCGCGGCCACGCGACGAGGAACCCCUCUCUCUCUCUGCUCCACAGAUCAGUGCUGUUGGUUACCGUGGAAACCCCUCGGAACUCCUCUGCACCACUGACCCCUCGGUCAACACCCGCCAAUCAAACCAGUCCAACAAAUCGCAAUUAAACCCUGACAAGCCAGAGUCAUACCCAGCACAUCCACCCUGCCAGUUCCUCAUUCCCUCCUCUCUCAGUGCCCAGCUCCAGCGUCAGGUCCAGGGAUCUGAGGUGGUACAGAUUCUCCUGGGUUUGGAAGGGGUGUCUGAGUUCUUCUCAGCAGCCAACCCACCUAUUUCUACUUCUCUGGCUGCCAUGGAGUUCACCACGCCCCAGGGACAGCCUAUUCCCAUUGCUAACCUGGACACUGACAGAUCUAUCAGGGUUACUUUGCCCUUAAUAUAUACUGUAGGAAGGAUCGGCGCUGGGCAUCGGGCUAGUGGAAGUGGGUCUGGGUCGAGAUCUGGUGGAAUUGACAGAGACGAGGGACGAGCCCCAAUGGUUAACUUUACACUCCGAGCCAAAGGGUGGCUGGAUUUUACAGUGAGGGCAAUGAAGAAUAUGGAUCCCAAUGCUGGACUGUACAUCUCCUUAAACUUCAGCCUGCUUCCAGGAGCUUCGCUGGUGGGCUCAGGACAUGUGAGAAUCACAGUGGCCACCCAGCCAGGUCAUCCUGCCUCCCAUGAUUCCCUAGUCAGAGAGCUGACCCUCUCCCUCUCCAGCCAGUCAUCCGUGGAGGACACCAUCUUCCUCUCUCCUCUACUUAACAGCACAGUACAAUCUCUCUUUGUGAACCUGACAUCCAGUCUGAGUGGAGCUCCAGUCCAGGCCUCAGUGUGUGUGUUCAGCUCUCUUUGCCAGUACUACAGCCUGAGGAAGAGGCGCUGGAGCACUGAGGGCCUCCGGCCACUGGAGGGCAGCACCCUCCACUCAGCACACUGCCUCACCCAGCACCUCACCAUGUUCGGGGCCAGUCUGUUUGUCCAUCCAGACGUUGUGGUGCUACUGCCACCGUCCAGUGGUCCAAUGCGUAAUGUGGUAGUGGGGAUUGUGUGUGCUGUCCUGGUUCUGAUCCACUUCCUCCUGGGCCUGAUCGCCCACAAACUGGACCACCUGGAGAGCCUGAGACUAUGCCAUGUACCACUGUGUGGCCGACCUGGACGCUACAGCUACAGAGUCCUGGUCAAAACAGGCUGGCGACGAGGAGCAGGCACGACGGCCCACGUGGGCAUCAGUCUGUACGGGGUGACUAAAAGCGGUUCACGCCACCUGCAGCGGGAGGGGGCGUUCCAACGAAGUGGUCUGGACCUGUUCCACCUGGAGACGGACAGCAACCUGGGAGAGGUGUGGAAGAUACGCCUCUGGCAUGACAACACAGGUCUGGACCCAUCGUGGUACGUGCAGCAUGUGGUGGUGUGGGACCCUCAGACAGACCACCUGUUCUACUUCCUGGUAGAAGACUGGCUGUCUGUGGAGAAUGACAGGAACGAGGGAGGAGGGACAGUGGAGAAGGAGAUGUUGGCCUCCUGUCCUGAGGAGCUGUCUCAGUUCCAACGUGUUCUCUCCUCCCAGCUGGCGUUUGGAAUGCUGGAGCGCCACUUGUGGCUCUCUCUGUGGGAACGCCCCGCCCACAGCCGCUUCAUGCGGGGGCAGAGGGUGACGGUGUGUGCCCUCCUGCUACACCUCUACCUUGCACUAGGGGCAUUGUGGUACGGGGCUGUGGGCACAGAGGGGCAUAGUGUACCGGUUUCGGCCCGGUUGCUUGUAACCUGGGAAACGGUUGCAGUGGGGAUGACUAUAUCCAUCCUGGUGGUUCCUCUCCAGUGUCUCCUCUGCUUCCUGUUGCGAAAGACUCACAGCCAGGUAGCGGUGGAUAUGUCAGUGCCUCCAUCCCCUGUGUGUCAGUCAGGGGAGAUGGGCGUCCAUCUCAGCCAAUCAGAUCUCUCCUGCUCCUCCUUCCUGUCUUUGCCUGGAGGACCUGAUCCGUCAGGCCUGGGUGGAGACACACCCUCUUCUCUGAUGGGAAGCAAGGCAUUCAACGCUGAGUUCUGGAAUGCCACUAACCUGGGAGUGGAGAAGGAAGGAGAUGGCAUGACCCUGUGGCCCUCCUGGGAAAAAACCUCUGACCCCUUGGGAUCAUCCCUGGGUCAUGCCCGUCUACUGAAGAGGAAGAAAGCCCUGACGAAGCUAUGCCUAGCCUCACCCUCCUCACCCCGAUUUCUCAUCUCCAACCCCCCACCCUCCUCUAAUGCACCUGUGGGUCCAUCCCAAUCCCUGUCUGGCCUGCAUCCAGACCACAGCCAUGGACACAACCUGCAACCCAAUGUCCUUACCCUGUCUGAGGAGGACCUGUUGAGGUCCAUAGCAGCAGACACAGGAGUGUCCGACAGUCCCUCAACAUCAGACAGUGGCCGCUACUCCCCCAGGACCACCUCUCUGUCCCACAGCCAGAGCCGGGGCAGCUCCUGCAGUGGCUGGUCUGAGCUGAGUGUGGACAAACCACUCUAUGGGACAGAGAUCCACAACCCUCCCUGCUCUCCCAUCUCUCUGCCUGGGACAGGGCUGUUUAGGCCUUCCUCAUCUCUCUCUGUCGACUCCAUCGCCAGUACCUUCCUCCCCAGCCCCUCCCCUGACUCCACAGACUCUACCACACGCAUAGGUGUGGCCCGCGGCAAGCCCAGCUGGCUGCUACCUCCCUGGGCACUGCAAGUCAUUUACCCCCUGGUUGUGUUGUUGCUGGGGGCCUGCCUGGCAGUAGUAGGCCUCUAUGGGAGUCACUUCUCCAGCUCAGUGGUCCUGAUGUGGCUCAUCUCAGCCCUGUCUGCCUUCCUCACCUCCGCUCUGCUGCUGGAGCCUCUCAAGGUGUGUGUGCAGGCCUUGUUCUAUGCUGUGGUGUUAAGGCCUGUAGACCCCGAGGUGAAUGAUCGGCUGGGGCAGGAGACCGUCAUUAAGAGGGAGGGGGGCAAGCAGGGGGGCGAGGUGCACCCCCCUUGUGGGUUCGGCCUACUGCAAGCCAAGGAGGAGGCCAGGAAAGUGAGAGCGCUACGAUCCCUCAUGAAGCACUGUGUGUGCCACAUGUUGUUCCUGUUGGUGGUGUUGAUGGUCAACUACCAGGACAGUGUUCAGGAGACCCAGGGAAGACUGCUACACUCUGCCGUCAAACACUCACUGACCACCAACCUCAACACCAUCACUGGGUGGGAGGGGGCGUGGCAGUGGAUGGACAACAUCCUGGUGCCACACCUCCAUCAGAACCCCGCCCUCCACCUGGUGGGGUUACCACGGAUACACUGUAUACACACUCCAGACCAUAAUAAUGGAGUCUUUCUGGGGAACAGUAGUUUUACCACACGCCAGCUUCUCUCUGUUCUACACAGCACACACUGGACCACAGCACAGUUAAAGGCUGUGUCCAUUGACUUCACCCAGUACCACAGAGAGACGAGUCUGUUUGUGUGUGUGUCUGUUCUACUAGAGAAGAACCAGAUACACACACUCAUCUCCUCCCUCUCCAUCCAUCCUCUACUCAUCCCCCCAUCCUCCUCAGGACCAGACCUGGAGAUUGCACUCAUGGUGCUCCUGCUCCUCUCUGCCCUCCUCUUUCUGGGGGUGGAGCUAUGGGUCAUGGCUACUGACCGUGCCCAGUACGUGCGUCAGGGCUGGCGCUGGCUACAGUUCCUCCUCGCCUCUUUGUCCCUGGCGAUGGCCGCGCUGCGUUUCUGCUUCCUAUCCCAGGCUGCUUCCUGUCUGUCUCAGCACCGCUCCAGACCAGACUCCUUCACUGAGUUCCACAGCGCCGCCCUACUGGCCAGGAGGUCCACACAGAUAUCAGCCAUACUGCUCACUCUGCUGGUACUCAAGAUGGUGGGUACUCUCAGGUACGUGCGGAGGUGGGUGGUGUUUGGUCGAGUGCUUCAGCGGGCAUGGAGAGAGAUGGCUGCUGUGGCUCUACUACUGAUCUUACUGCUGCUGCUCUUCGCUCACACUGGACACAUGCUCUUCUCCAGGUCUGUGGAUGGGUUCCUGUCUGUGUACCAGGCUGGUGUGUCUGUGGUGUCUGUACUACGUGGUCGCCUGGUCCUGCAGAGGCUCAGCAGGGCUCACCCUGUCCUCGGACCCCUCUACGCCCUCUCUCUGCUGGGUCUGGGAGGUUGGCUGCUGGCCCGUCUCUCUGGAGCUGUUCUGCUCCGCACAUACAGGGUUGUGCAGGCUGAGAUGUACAGGCCAGCCAUGGAGUCCCAGGACUACGAGAUGGUGGAGUUCUUCAUCAAAAGACUGAAGCUCUGGAUGGGACUCAUUAAGGCCAAGGAGUUCAGACACAGGGUGAAGUUUGAGGGCAUGGUGGUGCCUCCCUCCAGAUCAUCCCAAGGAUCCUGUCUCUCCACCCCCCAUCUCCUGUCCUCCGCCCUCUCCCUGGGUUCCGAAGACUCGGGUAUGUCCGACGCCCCGGGUUUAGACGUUCAGCUCAACCUGGACCGCCUGCUAUCUUGCGUCAACGGUCUGCUUUCACGUUUCGACCGCGUCAACCAGCUGACUGCAGACGUUCAAGGUCUGGAGACCCAGCUAGAGGAGGUGCAGAGCAGGAGGAGGAAGAGAAGGCCGCAGAGACUUGGAAGAGGAGAAGAGACAAGUGAAGAAAGAGGAGUAGGUGGAGGGGCGAUGGGCACGAGGACAGCUCUGCUACCCCCUCAUUCUCGCAUCUCCCUCACUUCCUUUCCUCCUUCUUUCAACCCCAUUACACUUCUCUCCUGCCCUCCCUCCACCAAUCCUUCCCUCCCUCGUGUUCACAGCUCCUACUCUGAGUCUGUCGUUCUGCAGCUUCACCCACACCCACCCAGGGACACUCACCUCUCCGAGGCAACCAAACCCACACAAAGGAGCCCUGGCCUGGGCUUGGGCACUGGGCCUUCCUGGUGUCCUGGAGCCAGGCAGUUUCCUAGACGUCGAGCCUGGCACUCAGGGAGUUCUCACUCGGCUGAUGCAGCUCAGAGGCCCCCCAAGGCCCCUGGUGGAGGUGGUAGUGGGGUCAACACGAAGGCUAGGCCCUGUAGUGAGGAGGGGGACAGGAGACGCGCCAGUGAGGGAGUGCCUGUGAAGAGACGGGCCUGGAUCUCAGAGGGGCCUGAGACAGACAUAGACUGAAACUGAGAGAGGGACUGAGACAGAGAUUAAAGUGCCUAUUACUGUGGGUAUACAGUAUCUAGUGUAUGAACCUCUAAGGUUCCAGCUAUGAAUUGUGCAGUACUACUUCAAGAGACAAGUUUUCCCACUGUUGUCUACCUCUUUACUAGAGCUUCUGCAUUAGGUAUUCUACAUACGUAUGCUGAGGUUGUAUACCUUGUACUUCUUGUGUAUCUACUGUAUAAUAAAGGAUUAUUUCGUAAUCUCCAAGAACUGUGGUACAUAU